AUGCCGCCAGAAGUCAUCAGUCUCCUCUCCUCCACCCCUCCUCCCCCAGCCGGCCGUCGCGAGGCCUCCUCCAUCCGAAGAUUCCAUUCCAGUCCGCCCGCAGCCGCCGAUCUAUCCUCGUUCCCCUUCUCCGACGACAUUGACUUUGCGCAAUUCAACUACGACGACGACCUUGACGCUGGCAAGCCCGUCAAAAAGAGGCGUCUGACUCCGGAAACUGGCAGAGCCUCAAAUCCAUCUGCUAAUAGCGGAAAUACAUUGCCCUCAUGGAACCAAGAUCCCCUUCUCCUCUUCUCCGACGAGAUCGAGCCUACGAGCGGACCGUCAAAUGCGCAAUCGAAAACGCCAGCCUUCGUUCUUGACUCCGACCCGAUCGUGUUUACAUCGUCCGCUCCCGAGCUGAGUCGCCGAAGUCCGUCUCCGAAGAACAAAGAGCGAGCUACGACGGCAGUUAUCGACGAUGAUUUUAGCAACGGUGGUGCUUUUCGAAAUGACGGCAAGGAAGCGCGCAAACCUUCGAAAGAUAAUAUAGAAGACUUUAGCGACCCCUUUGGUCUGCCGGAUCCAGGCGACCUCUUCGAUUUCCAAGAGACCCCAUUCAAGGCGCCUUCGCUACGGUCUGAGUUCUCCGGCAGAACGGCCAGCCUACUGGCAAGUUUGAACCGUUCGAAGAGUGACACUUCUACCACCGCCUCACGCAAAAAGAAAGCGAGCCGGAUCGAAGAUAUUGACGAGGAUCUCGAUGAGCUCCCCGAGGCUCGUGCAACUCGCAAACCGAAAAAGGCCACUUCAAAGCAAACCAGUGCGGAUAAAGAGGCGAAAGCGAGGGAACGAGAGGCGGCCAAAGCGGAGCGUGACCGCGAGAAGCAGCUGGAGAAGGAGCGAAAGCAGAAGCAGAAGGAAGAAAAGGCGAAAGACAAACAGCUCGCAGCCGACAUAGCGCAGGUCAAUCGGCUCAAGGUUGAGAAGAAGGAUUCCACGCCCGAGAUGAUUCUCGACCUUGCGUCGUCGUUGAAAGAAACCAGCGUCGGCAACCAGGCGGUCGAAUACAUGCGGAUUCUAGGGGUGGAACAGACCUUCUUCGACAGCUCGAUCCCGAACAUUGUCAAGUGGCGGCGGAAGAUGAAAGCCACGUACAACCGGUCUCUUGGGUAUUGGGAACCGUGCGAACUGCACAUCCGCGAGGAGGAGCACGUCCUCUGCCUCGUGACCGCGCAGGAGUUCGUCGACAUGGUCACAUCGUCUCUUGACUCCGAUACCCCCCACGCCCCUAGCGAGCUGGAACUGCAUAUCCUGCGCUUGAAACGCGCCUAUCCUCGCUGUGCAGUAAUCUACCUCAUUGAAGGCCUCACAGCAUGGAUGCGCAAGAACGCCAACUCGCGAAAUCGCGCCUACCAAGUCGAAUUCCGCCGCAACCUCGACGAAGUCCAGGGCUCACAGCCAGCACCAUCCACAUCCCGCCGCAAGAAAACGAACAAGCCCGAAACGGCGCCCAUCGACGACGACACCAUCGAAGACGCCCUCCUCAACCUACAAGUCACGCACAGCUGUCUCAUCCACCAAACCGCGGCACCGCCUGAAUCCGCCGAGUGGAUCAAGAUCUUCACCGAGCAUGUCUCGACCGUGCCGUACCGCCGCGAACGCAUGAACGGCAACGACUCCGCCUUUUGCAUGGACAACGGGCAGGUCAAGCCUGGAGAAAACGCAUCCGAUGCCUACAUCCGCAUGCUCCAGGAGACCAGCCGCGUUACGGCGUCGAUGGCUUACGGUGUGGUCAAUCAUUAUCCGAGUGUUGUCGACUUGGUUAGAGGGAUGCGGAGGUCUGGGCCGGGGAUGUUGGAGGAUGUCAAAAAAUCCGCAAACAAAAACGGCGCUUUGACUGAUUCGCGUAUCGGUCCUGCGGCGAGUCGCCGUCUAUAUAAGGUGUUUAUGGGCAUGGAUCCGCAGUCGACGGAUAUUUGA